AUGCUUUCCUGGACCCGUGGCCUGGGCUCUGUCCUAGGCCGUUUCCGAGGGCAAGCGGACGGCAGUGAGACUUCCAUCACCGGCCACAGCUUCAGUGUCACCAGAGAUGUGCCGACGAAGGGAAGGGAAAAGGUGGAUGAGGUACCUGACUCUGGGAGAAAGGAGGACGAGGCUUCGGUGCAGGGAACGAAUAGCCUAGAGCCACUCAAAAUCCGCAACCUGCAGAGUACCAUCAGGGAACUGGAGCAGAAGCGAAGCAAGGAAAUUGAGGAUCACCAACUCGAAAUGGCAGUACUGCAGAACGUCCACCGGCAGAAGCUCGCAGACGUCAUCCGCAGGUACCGCGGAAAACUGAACGGCCUUGAGGAAAAGGUUGAAGAACUGCAAAGCCUGUUACAGAAGGACACCUGUGCAAUCAGAGUAGCCGAUGACCCUCCGAUUGAGCACCUGCAGAAAACCAUUCAAGUUCUACAAACUGAAAAAGCAGAGUCUGCCAGGAAAAUGGAAGAACUGGAAGAAAGAAUACAAUCCCUAAGUGACCAACUAUCUUCUGCAGAAAGUGAAAGAGACGUUUUGAGGAGAGAACAGGACCAGACACCUGAAGGAAGGACAGACAAGAUCGAGGAGUACGAACUGCAGCCUUCCGUUUCAAAGAGACGUGAUGCAGGAGUCACGCAGGAGAGCGCUCUUUCAGGGUGUACACCAGUGGAAGAAGGGUUCGGACUGCAGGAAGCACUGUCCCACGCCGGAAAGGGAACGGUGAGACUGUGUGGCGCCGACCAGGGCAACAACGAUCUCACGCAAGACGCUCUGAAACUUCCAGAGCGAGUCCACAUUGUGGGGCAAGAGAAUUCAUCGUUAAGCCGAGGAAAGGAAGAACUUGGACCGCCGCUUCCUAAAGUGAACGAGGAACAAGAGGCCACUGAACGCACAGCUCCGGGAGACAUCGCCUCGCAUUCAGAAGUACAUCCGUUAAGACGAGACUCGGAGGCCAACGAUCUAAACUUCAAUCAGAGGACAACGGAGGAGGAAUCCCUGGUAGCCGCGUCAGGGGAACCGUACGGACACGACGGGACCACACUGCCCGGGGCUUCGAUGGAAGGCCAGCUACCACAACAAGAAAAUGAAGGCAGUAGCAUCACCAUUAAACUAAGACAAGAGGUCGAUGAGGAAGAAAAGAGAGCUUGUCAACCUGAAGAUGAGACGAGCGCGACUACAGAGUUAGAUGCGCAGAAAGAAAAGUUAAUUCAAAGUGAACUGGCGCCUAAUGAUUUGCAUCGGCCAGAUCGGUCAGAAAGAGGUCACCUCAACAUCCAGAAGGAGGCCUCUGAACCUCAGGAACAUAGUAAACAAGACGAGAAGGCCCUCCGUAGUGCCACAGAGGAGCUAACGGAGUCUCUUAAGCAAGACUCUCCCGGUCAUCCGGAAGACGACUUAGUUAGAGCGAGGGAAACUGAGCUUAGAAGGCUGGAACAAAAGGUUUCAGAAAUGGAGCAGCUGAAUGACCUUCUAAACAGACACAGCACUGAUCUCAGAGAGGAAAACCACAGGUUGGUCUUGGCGCUCAAAGAUACAAGACAUCAGCUGGAACAAUCUAUUCUCCGUGGCAAUGAGGAUUCUCUGGAAAAAAACACCGCUCUGAGGGCUUUAAAAAUCGAUAAAGGACAUUUAAUAGCCAAGCUGUGUCGGGCGGAGAAGAAGCUUUUGGAAGCAACAAACAAGUAUGAUCAAACCAUCAAAGAGUUGUCAAGCACACGUAACCCGGAUCAUUCGGCCUCACCUCUGGAGCGUGCCCGCUUCGUUCAAGUGGGUCCAGAGAAGGACGUCGAAAUAUUACACCUCAAGAAGAGUCUCGAGCAAAUGGAUGCCGACCAUAAAGAAACCCAGGAAAUCCUGGCCUGCGUUUUGGAGGAACACAAGCCACUGACGCAACUAGUCAAAGAGAAAGACAUUUGUAUUGACAGCCUUAAAGGAAGUCCAGAGCUUCCAGAGGACCUGGAAACGUGUACCCAAGCCUUAAGAAGAAAUGAAAUUUUACAGCAAGCCGUGGAGGAAAAAGACACACCCCUCACAUCCACGACGAAAGAAAAUACUCACCUGAGAGAAGAACUGGAGCGACUAAAACAACAGAGUCAGGCUUUCCCUAAACUCCCAGAUGACAUCAUGGAACUAGAGUGUGAGGUGUUGCAGCUGAAUGAACUAAGAGUGGACCUCGAAGACGAAAUAAAAGAACAACAGAAGAUCAUUAACGAUCAACAGCAGGGGAGGAUACGACUGCUUCAUUCCCUGGAAGAGCAGACGCGGGAAGUGGACCAUCUUAAAGGCCAGCGGGAGCAGAUGACCAGUGAGCACGCUCAGCUCCUUUCCGCCAAAGACGAGGAGAUUCAGAAUUUGCAAGACACGGUAGAACACGUUAAAGCCCAGCUGGCCGCCCCAGGCCGGCACGUCGCAACACAACCUUCUGACGCUGUCCAAGGCGCGACAAGGCAGCAUGACGUCUCUAAAGCCGAGACGGAAAGAUCGGCACAAGGAAUAGAAGACCAAGAACUGGGAGGGAAGCUUCUAACCGAAAAGAACAUCCGGCUGACUGAACAGACCGAUCCGCUGUCCCAGGAUGACCUCGGCAAACUAACUCGGAUCAUCGAGCAAAAAGAUGCGGAGAUUCAGGGUCUUCGGAGCAGAAUAUCUGCGGCUUCUCACGGCCAGCACGUAGAGCAGCUUCAGCGGCAGUUGCAAGAGUCUGCUCCGCAAAGCGAACGGGCACUGGCUGUCUUAGAGGACAAAACGAGAGAGAAUAGCAAUCUGAAGAGAGAGUAUCACAAAGUGAUAGACGUAAUUGCGUCCAGAGAAGCAGACCUCAGGAAAACGCAAGAGGAAAAUAAAAAGCUGGCCACUCGAAUUGAAAAUCGUGGUCAGGAUAUGUUUAGAGAAACGAUUCGGCAUUUAUCCCACAUUAUUCGAGAGAGAGACCUCGAAGUCGACGCCUUAAGGCAGAAGUGUCAGACUUUAUUGACAAUUCUGCAAACACCCAGCACCGCUGAUGAGGUUCCAGGCGUGCCCGUGCAUCGGUUCAAGGAGCUUCUAGAGGAACGGGACACAUUCAGGCAGCGAGUGAAGAUAAUGGAAGAGUGGAAGCAGCAGGUGGCGGCCACAGUACAAAAUAUGAAGCGCGAGUCACCCCGGCUUCAGGAGCUUCUUCGACAACAGCAGGUGCGGGCCUUAACCGACAUCGACGGUGAUUCUGAGCUAGAGACGACCUAUAGGGACGUGAUCAGAGAUUACAGAGGAAAUGAAAACAGCCUAAGGAAUCUGGAGAAGGAACUGGCACAAAUUCAGCUCCGCGUCGGGGAGCUCUGCAACGCCCAGGAUCGCCUUCUGGGGAAGCUUGACGUGAGCUGCCUCCAGCCCUCCACCCAGUCCUCAGAGUCGGAGGAACCUCUGAAGGCCUUUACAUCGGACUCAGCGACUGAGUCUCCUCCGUGGCUCCAAGAGGAGGUGGAAGAGCUGAGGAAGUCAGUGCAAGACCGAGAGACGACGAUUCGAACCCUGCAGGAAGACAACCAGAGGCUGAUGCAUCGCGCUGCUGCCGCGUCAGAACGCGAACGCAAAGCACGCGAACGCGCCGAUUCCGAAAUCCAGCAGCUGAGGGAGGAAGAGGCGGUUCUACACAACUUAAUCCAGGCUAAAGAGCUCCUGAUCCAGGCGAACAGCGAGGAGUUGCAUUCCUUAACGCAGGACCUCACUGGCCAAGCGAGUGAAAAUGAGCUGUUGAGGCAGGCGGUGAGAAACCUGAAGGAGAGAAUAGCCGAUCUGGAGACGGACGUGUGCCAACUGAAAGAGGAAAACGAAAAAAGAGCGGAAUCCUCUAGGGAAAAGGAAGCAGAAAAGCAGGCACUGCAAGAGGCCAACGUGAGGCUUUCGAGGAUGUGGCAAGAGGAGGAAUCCCGCCACGCUGCGAUCGAAGCCAAGGCACUUGCUCUGCAGCAACUACUGAGAGAGCGAGAAGAGGGCGAGGCCCGGGGACGGAAUCAGCUUCCAGAUGCAGCUACGUCGUCGCGGGAAAAGGCGGUCGUGUUCCAGCAGGAGAGUGUUCCAGCAGGAGUCCCGUUGGCGCUGAAACGCAAACAGAGGGAAAACUGUGCCCUCCAGGAUGAGCUUCAGCAGCUGCGUGACAAGGAAUCACACCCGAACCAGGAGCUGGGGAGAACGCGUCACCGCGCUGUGGAAUCGGAGGACGCUCGGCAGCGUGGGUCUCUGCCGGCAGAAGACAAAGUGGCUAAGCUGCAAAAAGAAGUCACGGUGCUGGAGGAAAAGCUGGCGGUGUCCUCCAAUGCCACGGCGAGUGCGACCCACCAGGCCAGUAUGCAGGUGGAGUCCCUGCGGGACCAACUGCGCCUCAUCACCCGACAGAAAGAGGAAACCGCGGCGCGGCUUUCUGCCUCGCAGGAACAAGGAAAGCAGUACGCUCAAACACUAGCCAGUCUCAAGUCGGAGGUAGCCGAGUGGAUGGGAAAGACAGACACUCUACAAGGAAAACUGACGUCCUUACAGGCACGAUUCACUACAACAAACACCGUCUUGGACCUGAAGGAAGACGAACUGGAGGAACUCAGAAAACAGAACGAGGUCCAGCAGGAAGUACUGGAUGAGACGCACAAGAAACUGAUGAACCUCGUAAGCCGCUCUGAAGGAAUGGUGGACAAAACCCUAGUAAGGAGACUCUUACUGGGAUACUUUCAGGCGCCUCAAAAGGAUCGGCCUGAAGCACUGCGGCGGAUGGGAGGCACCCUAGGGAUCAAGGAGGAAGACGUGCGGCAGCUUUGCAGGGAAGAGCAAGGUGGGGUUAUCAGAUGCACGACUGGGGGGCCUGGAUCCAAAAGUACCCCCAAGCCCCCCGUGAAGCCAGAUCCCCAACCGACGCCCAAGAGCUCCUUUGCAGGGCUUUUUGUCAACUUCCUACAAGGGGAAUCCGAUUUAGCUCUUCCGCCACGCAGUCCCUCUGCUGCUGACAAGAAGCCUCCAGAUUCGGUAGGAAAAGGAAAAGGCACUAAGGAAAAAGGCCCACGGCGGCACACAAUCACCCUGGGAUCCACACCCCCAAAGAAAGCUGCCAAGCCCCGCGCCACAGCUGUCUCUCUUACUGACCCACGUGGACCGGAAACUGACGGAUCACGGCAUCUUCUCCUAAAUGCUGUGACUAAUGCUUUACCCACGUACACACCCUUGAUACUCUCACCUGCCAGCGAGGUUGGGAGCGCGGCCAGAGGCCUCUCAAACCAAUAGAGGAGUCUCAAGCCCGAGACCACACGGCGCGUCCAAGAACACAGGUCACUGUGUGCGUCCCUCAUCCCAAGAGAGCCUUUUGCAAAACGUACCAUACGUUUGCAGUUUUGCUUUCAGCCUAAUAAACAUAUUCUUACGUGACUUCUUUUAAAGUGUCUUGUACUGACUGCAGACGUAUGGAUUUGCCAACUUCAAAGAGGGCUUGCUUCUCAUGAGAGACGACAUGGGUGGGGGUUUGGGUUAGGAGGCUGUGGUCAACGGAUACUUCCAAUAGUGUUGGCGAUGUUUUCAUUUCUUUUGUACAAGGAGCACGUAUCUACCGAUACCUCGGGGAAUGAAAACAUCGACCCGUUUUUAUGGUUUCUUAAGGUUUUCUUUUUGGAUUCACGAGAGAGGCCGACACACCCGCAGAGGGAGAAGCAGGCUCCACGCGGGGGAGCCUGAUGCGGGACCCCAUCCCAGUUCCUUGGGAUCAGGACCUGAGCCAAAGGCGGAUGCUCAACCACCGAGCCACCCCGGGGCCUCUCAACCGGUUUUAAUGUCAAACACACGAGCGCGUACUACUCCUCGUAUGAGAGGGGAGGUGCAUGGCAUGCUCGAAAGUACAACAUGAAUUAUUUCAAAAGAAAAAUUCAAGUUCCAUUUCCCAGCUAGAGAGAUUCCUGCUCCAGACUUAUGGGGAUCAUUUGACACCAGAGGGAGUGAUUGACAGUCAUUUACUAGUCAAUACAUACUCACGGGCCAGGGGAGGAGGAUACCACACACCACGCAGGACUUCACUUGUGGACAGAGUGAAUGAUCACAUGCUUCGAAGGUGUUAGACAGCUUUUAACACUGAAUCUGAAUUUCAGGACUUCUGCCACACGAGGUCACGAAACAGUUAUUCUUCCUAGAAUGAAUCAUUGAAUUUCAUAGUGAAUGUUGAUACAAUCAAUCAAUCAAUCAAUCAAUCAAUCAACACGUACAAGGGAGCUGCAUUUCUCUAUGCUAGCAAUGAACGUGUGGGCACCACGGUCAAAAAAUACACUCCUCAUUACUAGCAAAACUAAAAUACUGAGGGAUAAAUCUAACACAGCAUGAUCAGAGCAUGCACACUGAAAGCUAUUUAGCACUGAAAAGGAAGCCAAAGACAUAAAUAAUGGAGAGAUAUAGCAUGUUCAUGAAUUGGAAGACAAAGGAUAGUAAAGAUGUGAAUUCUCCCCAGAUUGAUACAGAGAUUUAAUUCAAUUCCUAUCAAAAUCCAAAACUUUUCUUUGGUAGAGAUAGAUGAGAUUAUUCUCAGAUUUAUGUGGGAAGACAAAGGAAUUGGAGUAGUUUCAAAAAGAAUUUUGAAAAUAAAGUGGGAACAUUCCACCUACCCAGUUUCAAAGGUUAUCAGAUAUUAUAAUAACAGAGACUGUGUGGCACUUGCAGAAGGGCAGAUACACAGAUCAAUGGAAGAGAACAAAGAACCCAGGAGAGUUCCCAUAAAUAUACCCACGUGAUUUUUGAAAAAGGUGCAAAAGCAAUCGAGUGGAGAAGAGAGAGCCUUUUGACAGAUGAUAGCCACUGGAAGCUUGAGAUGAAAUCACAGGCCCCCAAACUCAGAAAACAGCACCAGCAGAGAAGGAAAAUGGUGGUUUAACUGAGUUACUACCAGGUGGUGUUGGGAGAGGAGGCGUAGCUUGUGGACAGCUCGGGAAGCAAGUUGCAAGCACUUGAUGACAGUUUCUUUCAUCUUUGUGAAUUGAGAUACCCCCGAUGGAUCAAUUCCACAGACUCUGAAGACUUUCCCGUCAGCUCCCACCGUGCAACCUCCGGUCCCCCUAACUGAACAUCCAGUGCUCUGGACUCCACUAGCCUUCCCAUUAGCAUCCUCGUCAGCUGGUAUGAGAUGGCAAGAUGGGUCUCAGGAGCUCCAAGAGUACGUCCUCCCAAUCUGGCAAAAAGGAGAGCUCGCCUGGUCUAGCCACUCCCUUCCAUUGGACUCCUGGAAUUCAUUUUGAUUGGACAAACCCAGCAGCACUGUCCCCAGCUCUGAAGCCUAGUGAGGGUGGCUUUGUGUGUGACUGGCUGGGCCUCGGUAUGUUUCCAUCCUGUUUCAGGCAUGGCCUCGCCUGAUCCACACGGAUUGAUAGGAGGUUUUCGUUCUACGUGAUAAACACAGGCUGUUGCAGAAUUAAAAACGGUGAAUAGACAAAAGAACAAAUGUCUCCUUCAGCCUCUUGGGGGAGACGCUUCAUGGUCGGCAAUGCCUGCUUUUAGCUCCCAAUGGUAAUGUUCACAAGGGUUUCAAGUUUCAGUUUCUCUUUUCUGGACUUUGUCAGAGGGGGCAGAUUAGUUGGUGGUGAACUUUCUCGGACGUCGUCUCAUGGCGUUCUUUAUGACCGCCCUGGUAUAGUCUCAUGUUUGAAGGCCUCAGACGGCCUGAGAGAGCUAAGCUUCCAGGACCAAAGUCCACUCCAGUGUCAUCAAGUUCUAGCCCUUCACCAGCAACUUAAAUGAGUUGGUCCUGCCUGCACGGAGCCUUUGGGGUGGCCCUCAGGGAAACACUGACCAAAGUCCUCUGAAUCAAGGGCUCAGCAAGGAGCGGAGGUGAUAAAGCAACAGAUGCUUCUAAAGUGACAGAGGCAUAUCAACAGCUGCCUCCACCUUCUUCCAAGUACUCUCAGCCUCACCAUCCACACCUAUGAGAUUUACACCUUAAACUGGUUGCCGUUACACUUAUUUUUUACCCCCACCCAUGGAAUGUGUACACUGCUGAGCUGGGAGACUGAUUCAGUGGUUUGCGUUACCCUCUUGGCAGAAGAUGAUUCAGAGAAAGUGGUGUAUUUCAUCUCACCACUCCCCCUGGCAAGGCUCCCUAACCUCAGCCUUCCCCACUAUCAUUUCUUCUUUGGGUUACAAUGAGCUCUCUGCCCUCCAUUAAAUAAUAAGCAAGCUUUUGAUAUCUAA